CUUGCCGCCAUCUUGGCAAGAAAAAAAGGCGAGGCCGGGAGAGGAAGAGGAAAACACGGGACAAAUUUUUAUUUGUAUCCCGCUUCUCUUGUCCACUUGUGUAUGAUAUGACGUUUAAGAUAGCUCGUAGAAUACGUCUGUUUUGAUUGCGAGUCGCCGAUAAGGAUCGAGGAUGAAGAAAAUCGAGAAAUACAGCGAGCGAUUUACGGAGAAGCUCUCGCAGAUCUCGUCUCAGGUUCAGAAGCCCAAAUCGAAAAAGUACGAGGGAAAAUUAUUUGUCGUCGGGCAGCAUCAUGUAAUGGUAGAAGAUGUCAUCGCCGAAGGUGGAUUCGCCAUCGUAUUCCGUGUCUCGACGCAGACGGGUCGCCGCUUCGGUCUGAAGCGAAUGUUUGUAAACAACGAGCAUGACCUGUCAAUUUACAAGAGGGAAAUCACCAUCUUGAAACAACUGAAUGGACACAAGAACAUUGUGCCAUAUGUGGACUCCAGCAUCAACAAAUCCAGCAGUGGAGUUUGGGAGAUCCUUAUUCUCAUGGAUUUCUGUAGGACUGCUGUUAUCAAGGAGAUGAACGACCGUCUGCCCGCGGGGUUUACGGAGGCCGAGGUGCUGAAGAUUUUCUGUGACAUGUGUGAGGCUGUGUCCCGCCUCCACCACUGCCAGACUCCACUGAUUCACAGGGAUCUCAAGGUUGAGAACAUCUUGUGGCAUGACAACGGGAACUACGUCCUGUGUGACUUCGGCAGCGCCACGGCCAAGUUCACCAACCCGCAGGAGGUGGGCGUCGGCCCGGUGGAGGAGGAAAUCAAAAAAUACACGACCCUGUCGUACCGCUCCCCGGAGAUGGUGGAUCUCUACAGUAACAAGACCAUCACCACCAAGGCUGACAUCUGGGCUCUGGGCUGUCUCCUGUACAAACUCUGCUUCUUCUCUCUACCCUUCGGUGAGAGCAGCAUCGCUAUCCAGGAUGGACACUUCACCAUCCCAGACGGGUCCAAGUAUUCCAAGGAGCUACACAGUCUCAUACGCUACAUGUUGGAGGUUGAUCCAGACAUUCGGCCCAACAUCUGGCAGGUUUCGUUUGUAGCAUUUAAGCUGUCCGGCAAGAGCUGUCCCAUCCAAAACCUCAGGAAUGCACCAACUCCUAGUAAGCUGCCCAUUCCAAUGACAGAGAGUGAACAUAAGGCCAAACAAAAGGCAAACAGGACAAGAGCCACACCACAGGCGACGUCGCACGGAACGUCCAUCACGCCGCGAGAGAGACCGCGAGGCGGCGGGAUGGCCAACCUGUCCCUCCCCAUAGAGACCAGCAUCACGCCGCGUAAGAGGCCGACGCCCAGCGCCACGCCAACUGCUGAAAUAGGGAUCAGCCUGCAGCCCCCCACCCCCACUACAUCAGCACAGCAGGCAGCUGCUAGUCAGGCACAGCAGAAUCAAGUACCACAGCCGACAAGUCAGGCCGCCACGGCCGACGACACCCAGCCACCCGCAGCCGCUACCGAAGACUCCCUGGUCUCCCUAGACCCCCUCGUACAAGUCGAAGAACCCCCCCUCCUGGUAGACGAACCCCUGGUCAAACUCGGUGACGAUCUUGUCCAAAUUGACGAAACCCUAGUUCAGAUCGGCGAACCCCUUGUUGAAGUCGGCGACUUAGUUCAGAUCGAGAAAGAUCUGGGCUUGGUUGACAAACCUGUCGCUAAAAAGGAAAAACCGUUAGUAAAACACGAAGACCCUCUAGCUGCCCUUGACAAAGAGUUAGGACUGGUCGACAAGCCGGUCGCUAAAAAGGACAACAAGCCAUUGGCUAAAAAGAAACGUGAUGACCCCCUGGCCGCUCUUGAUCCCCUUUUUGCCGAUGAUAAAGAGGAAGAAGAUACAAAAACAGACAAAGGAAAGGAAAAGGAAGAGGCGCGGAAGGACCUGUUUCCAGACACGGAUGCCUUUAAGGUCCCAGAAGCCCCCGGAGCGAAGGCCGCCGCCCCGGCCCCGCCCGCUAUCGACACCACGCUGGUGUCCAUCGGUUCCCCUGCCUCAUCUCCGCAACAGAAGUCCAGCCACAGAAGGAAUGUGAGUGACACCUCUGCCAUCAGUGUUGGCUCAAAAGACGAUCCAUUCAAGAUCUUCAUGGAAGAUUCCAACACACUGAACCCAGAGGCAGGAGUAGAUGCUGAGAAACUAAGGUCCAAGUCAGCAGGAACAACCCCAAACCACACCCCCCCAAGCAGCCCGAAGUUGGAACUGUCCAGUUGGAACCCGUUCCUGGAGUCCGGCAGUGGAAACACGAGUAGCACCUCGGAGGACAAGUUACUACAGGAGUUCGACAUGCUCGGCAAGAGAGCCAAGUCUGAGACGAUGGUGUCAGAUAAGGACUGUGAUGAGUCUGAAAUGAACUGUAGCCUUGCUGCUAGUCCAGAGGGUAUUCCAAGUGAUAUGCUAAUUCUGGACCCAACAACAAACCCUUUCCUCAUGCCUGACCAACCAGAUGCAGACUUGUCCGGUAACGCCAGCUCAAGCUCAAGAGCGAGCAGUAGCGGUCGGAGCAGCCCACGAGACUUUGACCUGACCUCGACCAACCCCUUCCUCACUCCAGAUGUCACGGCAGCAGGUGGGCGUUCGCGACACUCCAGCGACAGUGGUGAGAGAAAGAAACGGCAAGCCCCCCAACCCCCUGUCAACCAGCCCGCCGAAGAUAUGUUUGGAGCCACUCCCUUUGAGCAGGUUAUCCACCCGGGUACAGAUGAGUUCGGUUGUACGCCGUUUGCGCCGGAGCCUGGUACGCCUCGCGACCGCUUCGGCGCCAGACCGUUCCUUCUGUCACAAGACGAGGCCGGUGCGGAAGCCUCGGGAGGGGAGAGGUACCAGAACCUGAGUAAGGCGGCGUACCGGAGACAUCGCUCAUCGCACUCGGAGGGCAGCGACGUCAGCAGCGGGAGUGUCGACGGACGGGAAAACGUGCUGGGAGUGGCGCCGCUCCUCACAGGUUCGGAGGACGGGUCUAGUGGAAGGCAGUCGCUGACGUCGUCAGAUGAGGAGGACUUAAUAGAAGGGGCUCACUUCGGUGGUGAAGCGAGCGGCUACAGGGAACACGAGCAUGACGAGUUCAGCGAGUUGAUCUUCAGGGUCCCGCCGACAGCACAAGAAGUGGAGGAGUCCAUCAUGAGCGGCACCCUGACUCCCCCGACAUCCCCGCAAUCAGACAAGGACGAGAUCGACCUUGUUGCAGAAGCUCAGCUCGUAGACAUCGAGGGCGGGCGGAACCUCUCCGUCGGCUCCAACAGUUCCGACGUUUUCAGUAAAGCGCCGUUCUUCUCAAAGGAGAGCGAGAAGCCAAGAAUUCAGACCAUCCACCAGCGAGAACAGCUGGACGUGUUCGGAAACGCUCCGUUUGGGGAGAGAAAGAUUUUGACGCCGCCCGGUUCGCCUCCAACUGCAGAAGCCGUGCCCGUGGCUGGGGCUGCUUCUUCAGACGUGUUUGGGGCCGAACCAUUCUCAGCUGUUACUGCAAAGUACGAGCUCACAAGAAAGAAGAGUGCCGGUGCCUCGCCAGGGAAGAUGCGACGCCAGCGCAGGGAUUCCUCGGGAAGCGGGCGGAACCUUCACGCCGUGAGCACUGCCGGAGGAAUCAGGAAGAACAGCCCCAAGUCCAAGAGAAGCCACCUGAAGGUUUCUCCGAAGACGCGGCGCGGAUCCUCCGUCGGGAGGCGUAGCCGUGACAGCAGCACGGGAAGCAGCCACAAGUCCAGCCCGGGCGACCGCAGGAAGGGCAGCGACAGCAGUCUCGACAUGUUCGGGGCAAAACCGUUCAAUCCUCUGGACAGGAGAUCGCGACCGUUGGGAAACCGUCUCACCGCUAAAGUCUCCCCUUCUGAUGCGCCGACCAAGCUCGCAUUUGAAGACGAUUUCUCCAACUUACGUGGAGCCACGGGACCAGCAGGACGCGAGGAUAAUUUCGGUUUCGUACCGUUUGAUACGGUGAUCGCGAAUGUUCAGGCUGGUGAGGAGACCACAGUACAGGGCGACCUUUUCGGUUCUGCUUCUUUUGAAACCAAAGAGUACGGUCCCGACGACCUGGCUGUCGGCCCGCAUGUGUAUGAAAACAUGGCGGCUUACGCCGCAGAAGAGGGGCCACCAGUGAGGGUGGUGACGUUGGGGAGUGGGACUCAAAGUGCGUUCUCCGCACCAAAAAAACAGAGAAAGCUCCCAACCACACCACAGUGCAAACCCUUCGACGUAUCAAAGAGAGGGCCCCUUCCACCUAGAAUACAAAGAUUCGGAACUGGCAUGGGUUCCUAAUACUUGCCAUUCACAGAUAGAUGUAUAUAGUGUACAUACAGUGUACACUAACCAGUCUGUUAAGUAUUUUGUUGAUUUUCAGUUAAAGUUGUUUCCUAACUGUGAUUUCUUAUCUUCUCUUGCAUACAUGAAGUAUUACAGUGUAAACAAAUACUGUACAUUUAAAUGCACAUUACCCAUCAACUGAAAAACAAACACCUUUAAUUGCUUUUUAAUUUAUGAUCCAGUAACGUAUAGAGUAUGUACAGGAAGGUGAAUUUGCGCACAUUGCUUCCCUGUUGAUCUUUGCUCCUGAAACUGCUUGUGUCAAUCCACAGCUUCUUCCUUACUAUGUUGAAAUGGCAUGAAAUGUCUGCAAAGCUUUUGCUUUGGCUAUGCCUCUAGCCUGACUAAAUUUGCACUGAUCCUAUAGCUACAUUGUAGUAGUCUGCUCACCAGUUUUUGGGGAGGGGGGCCAUCCACCCCUGACAGGGAGACACUGCAUAACACAAGCCUCUAAACUCAACUCUUAAAACAAUUUCAUACUUAUACAUUUUUAUUGGUCUUUCCUUAAGAGCAAGUACUGAUGCCAGAUGUUUUGAAUCUUACACCUGCAUGCUACAAUAUAUUCUACUACCCCAGUAAACCUUGUUUUCUGUUUUCAUAGUACAGAACAUUGGUAGUCCAGCAUGGCAUUCUUUAAAACUUGCAUCGUUUAAUAGUUAUUCUUUUCUCUUACUAACAAUGGUUUGUGAAACAUCACUUUUGUUGUAUAUAGAAACUUUGAUCUUUUUUUCUCUUGGAUGAACAAAAAAUUUACCAUGUAUGUAUGAAGUGAUCAAGUUGCAAGGUCCACGCUUCCUUAUAGAACCUCAGGACAUGUAUACUACUCUUCAUGGUGUACAGAAGAUUCUUCAUAAGUAGAUGUGCCAUUUUGUUACUUACUGUGGAACACUUUGUUUUUUUCUGGGUAGCAUUCCAACAAAGUUAUUUGGAAUUCGCAUCUAUUAGAAAACAUUCACAUUUCUUAAGCUUAAGGGGCUGGAAAAUUAAGAAUGUUUUAUUCCAUUUCAGUGUUUAGAAAAGUUCUUUUAUCACACAAUAAGAACAAAAAAAGUUAUAGCUGAGUCAAUGUUACGAUGUUGAUAUGUAAUUCCUCAGUAGCUUUUGUGGCUUCCAGAAAAGCAUUCCAAGUUAGUGCUUGACUUUCCAUAGUUAAUUAGUUGUGCAAUAUCCCGUGUCCUUGGACCAAAUGUACUGUGGACAUAAAGUUUAAACCAAGGUGGCAUCUAUGACCAAGUGGUUAAGCAAGCAAACAUGGGAUCGAGAGGCCACACAUUCAAUUCCCAGCUGCACUGGACCAGUUUUUGUGUUCUUGGGAAAGAGUGUAACUUGGAUUUGGGAUGUAGAAGAUAGUUGAAGGAGAGAGAUGGGCUCAUCUCCUAGUAAUAGUGCCCUACGCAUAGUUUAUAACAAGCCUCUGCUCUUACGGCCUCUAAGUACCUUUAGAACCUUUUUUCUACCUGAACCGUACCAUACCAUUUAAAUCAGAUUGUGGUAUAACUGGCGUGUCCAUAGAGUUGUAUUGCUUUUGGAUUAUUGGAAGAAAUAUAACGGAUAUUAGCUAGGUAAUCAAACCCAAUCAUAGUUGACCAGUAACGUGUUGAAUAUGUUGUGGUCACAGUAACAUUGAAUGGUUGAUAGUGUGAUUUCCAUGAUCAUGUAUUCCUUUAUGUAAGGGAAAUUACCGAUAGUGUUAAAUGAUGAAGCAUGUGUGCUUUAAAAAGUUGUUUUUUUCUUAAGUUUCUAGAACUGCAAGAAUAUUUUCUUUCACUUCUACAUGUAUAUCUUUGCACCAGUUGGUUUCUAUUGAUGACUUUUGCAAUAUCAUUACAAACAGUCUUUGGUAACUAGUUUAACUGUUGAUAUAUGCUGAACUGUGUGGCAACAACAGUCAGCAUUCUGUAAAUAAUCUUGUAAGAAUUAAAAGAUUUCAUAA